UUCUCUAAGAAAGUGUUCACCCAUUCUCCAGAACUGGGCACUGGCAUGCCCUUCUUUGGGAAACCUUCCUGAACUGCUCUACACCUGGACUGGGGGAGGUGCCCCCUCAUUCCCCACCUGACCCCUCUCCUACUUCCCUGAUCACCCAGCAUUGCCACUGUCUGGGACCCCUCAAGGCCCGGGCUGGGUCUACAGACCCGGCCCAGCAUAGGGCCCGGCCCAGAGCAGUUGCCAGUGAGUGUAUGUGGUUGGUGAAUGAAUGCGGAACCCAGCUGGCUGUGGGUCAAAAAUGAGUGCUCAGGAAGGGAACUGAUCUCUUAUCUACCAGGGCUGUCUUGAGCCUUAGUUGAUUAGGCCUUAAUUUACAGGUGAGCAGAUGAGACUGCCAAAAGUUCCUGGGUUACUCAGUAACCCUGCCUUCUUUAAAAGCCCCACUGUUUCCCUUUGACAUCCAGAACCAGCCACUCCUCUCUCUGGCACUGCAGCCAUGAACACCUUCCCGCUUGCCGCACUGUGCCUCCUAGGAACCUGGGCUGCCCUGGCAGGGGGAGUCACUGUGCAGGAUGGAAAGUUCUCCUUUUCUCUGGAGUCAGUGAAGAAGCUUAAGGGCCUCCGGGAGCUCGGGGAGCCCAGCAUCGACAGCGGAGUGCAGUUUGAUGGACCUGUGGUUCCCGACCUCUGUAGCUCUACUGAGUUUCCUGCAGAACUCAAGCCUGUCUGCGAGGAGCCCAACGCCAAUGAGAUCCUGGGGAGGCUGGAGGUCAUCGCUGAGGACCCGAGCACAUGUGAGCUCUGCGCCUACGCUGCCUGUGCUGGAUGCUAGGACAGCAGGAGCUCGCUGUCCUCCCCCGCAGAAUGCUCCCACUCCUGGCAUCUUUAUCUGCCCUGCCCCCAAUGGAGGACCAAGGAGAGAGCAGCCUGGGGAGACCCAGCCCCUGACCCCAUCAGAGCUGCCAGCUGCUGGCUGCUUC